CCCCGCCCUCGUAUUCCGUUUCAGUCGGAAAUACGUCACAUUAUCGAGGCUGAAGAUGCUACAACUGCCGAUUCUCGGUGACUUCAACGUUAAGUUGGAGUCUGUGGCAAACUUUGGCCACACCUAGAUCCUGUCCUAUUUCCACAAAAAAGGCUUUUAAUUUUUUUUUUUUUUCUUCCCUUCUCUGGUGCGUUUGUUUGUGUGACGGCGAGUCCCGGCGGUGUAACCCGAGAGGGGCCUCACAGAGGGAAUGCAGGACUGCAAUGGAGCACAAUGCAAUCCAGUGGUUGGGUGCUCCCUCCUGCCAGCGAGGUGGCUACGCCUUCUACAAGUCUGUUAGCAGCAGAGCCAAACCCAACGGGCCCAUCCAGGUGUGGAAGCUCGGGGAGUUUUACUUCAUCCGCUGUGGGCCGCAGGAUCCCGUGUGCGUCGCCGAGGUGACCCUGCUGUGGGAGGACCAGACACGGCGCCACCUGCUGGCCAGUGCCAGACUUUACUUCUUACCCGAAGACACACCGAAGGGCCGGACCAGGGAGCAUGGGGAGGAUGAGGUUUUGGCCGUGUCCAGGAAGAUGGUGGUGCGAGUGGAGGACCUGGUGAGAUGGUCUUGUGCAGAACCGGCAGGUUGGAGCAGCAUCCUGAAUCCGCCUCCCUGCAGGACCAAUGGGAGCCACAAACCUCCACAGAGCGAAGAUGACAACAACAGCAGCAUCAGCAGCACAACGGACGAGAGCAGCGAGCCACUUACAGAGGAUGGCCUGGUGGAGCAUCAGGGCGUCAAAGUGCUCAGCUACCCGCAGUACUGCCGCUUCCGCUCCCUGCAGAGGCGCAUCCAGGAGGGAGCGAGGGGCCCAGGGCUGCAGGACCCCCACCUGCUGGCCCUGGGAGGCGUCAGAGCACUGCCCAAUACCCGAGUGAUGUACUGCAGGGACACAUUCAACCACCCGACACUGGAGAGCAACGCCAGCUUCUCCUGGCAGUUCAGAUGUCCAUCUCUCAGUCUUCGAGGUCGACCUCGCAAGAGGAGAGGCUGCGAUGGCAAAGAGUCCCCGAACUCCAGCCAAUCAGAGUCUUGGAUCGACAGGAUGAAGGAGAACGUGAUGGGCAGCGUGGAGGUCGGCUGUGAGGCCAGCUGGCUCCCCCACCCUGAAGAACAGCUGUUCCUGGAUCAGCUUUAUGCCUUCAUGGAGCGUCAGGGCUCACCCAUCCACAAAGUCCCCAACCUUGGCUUCAAAAAGAUUGACCUCUUCCUCAUGUACUCUGUGGUGAAACGGCUUGGCGGCUACAAAAAGGUGACUUUGGACCGUCUCUGGAAGGUCGUGUAUAACGAGCUGGGAGGAUGCCCGGGCAGCACCAGCGCUGCCACCUGCACCAGGAGACACUAUGAGAGGCUGAUGCUUCCUUAUGAGGAGCACCUCAGAGCAGGAGGGGCCGAAUUCAGAAUCCCAGAAUCCCCCAUGCCUCCCAAACCCAGAGGGAUAAGAGGAAGGAAGCCACUUCCAAGAGGCAGAAAACCAGGACCCAAAGCCAAGGAGAAGAAGAUCACGGCCCCUGCUCCUCCUCCACACACUAUCGUGAACCCGAAUGGCACCGUGGUGGUGAAGAGAGGCCGAGGCAGGCCGCCGGGCACGCGCAACAAGGCCACGCUGAUCGCUCAGGCCAAGCUGCUGGCUCAGCAGCAGGCUAAAGCUAAAGCAGCAGCAGCAGCAGCAUCGGUGGCUGUAGAGUCACAGCAGCAGACAGCUCUGCUGCCAGCCAGAGGCCGAGGUGGACCAACCCCCAGCAGCACGCACAGGCCCAUCCAGCCGGCCCUCCUCCCUGUCAACAUGCCCCUCACCCCUGACCUCUCCCCUAUGUCUGCCCCCUUCCUCCCAUUCCAGUCCAAACCAAAGGAGCUGAAGCCAGAGUCUGUAGCUCCUGCUCCAGGCAUGCUCCUGUCAACGUUGCCUCGACACUUCAUCGGGGGAUCUCUGACCAGCUUCAGUCCCAUCAAAGGCAUCUGUCCUCUGGAUGUCUUCAGGAACCACUUCAGCUUCCAGAGAGGCCCAGAGAGCCCAACCCUGACGCCUCAAGAUCAGAGCCAGCACCACCCAACUAUCUACACCCUCCAGCCAAAAAACACAAGCCCAGAUACACCUCAUCCCAGCGGGGACCAGAUCCAGCCUCAGUCCCACCUGAUUCACCAGCACCACAACCACUGCUCAGGGUGUCAUGUGGAUGAGGGAGCCCAGAGAGGAGGCAUUCGGGACAUGAGGACUCGGCCCCCUCUGCCCCCUCUCCGGGUCCUGCCUUUGAACCUGGACUGCAGUGUUCAGGUGUGUCAGCUGAUGAGAACUCGUCGUCUGGACUCUUCUCAGUUGCAGAACUUCACCCGCUGCCUGUCUGAGGCUCUGUCCCAGGACCUGAGCACCAAGCCCCCCUGCUCACCCAUCACCCCUCCCCCCGAGCAGGCGCUACCUCUCAACCUCAGCAAACGCUUUAUGGCUAAGAGGCCCAGCACAGAGGGGCCAGAGCCAAGUCAGGCAACGAUCAACAGAGACUCAGAUCAACCGUCAUCUAAGAAACCCAGAAACAGCUGCACAGAGCAGGCUGAGGACUUCACCCUGGGGGGCCGGUCCAGCUCUGAGGACCAUGGAGGAGGAGGGGAGGAUGUGGAUAUGAAACCCCAGGAGGAACCUGCAGACCUGAGUUCUCCCAGCAGGAUCAGGGCCUUCCUGCUCGGGCUGCCGCCCUUCCAGGUGAAACUCGAGGAGGAUCUGAACGGGACAAGGUUUGGGAAAUUUCUUCCUCCAGGAUCUGAGGCUGAAACCCAGAGGACCAAUACAGAGAAAGCGGAGGGAGGAGUGGUGGUAAAGAAGGAAGAGGAGGUGGGUGAAACAGAGAAAAGUGACAAACUACAACAGUCGGAGCAGGAGAAGGAGCCCAGCCACUGCUCCGGUCCUGACCCUGCAGUGCUGCAGAGAGCCGGGCCCUCAAACACUGACACACACUGUUUUUAGCGUUGUUCCCUCUGCUGAUCCUUUGUGAACAGAAAGCUGUUGGUAAGUCUGAGAUGUGUCAUUGUUGGAGUCUGGAAAGUUGCAUCCACGCAGAGCUCGGUGUUGGUUCUGGAUGCCUGAACAUGCAGAGCAGGGAUGUUUCUUUUCUUUGAGAUUGUCUGAACUGAAAACUGCUCUUUGUUUUCAAUUUCUGUCUCUCAUUAGGUUGACUUCUCUCUGGUUUCAGUAAUGUCACUCACUGAACUUUGCAGAGGAGAGACGACACAGAGACCCAUGACAAUCACAAAUCAGUUUGUUUUCUGUUCACUCUUGGUUUCUGUCUCUUCAUGGUUAAAAAAGGAACAGAGGAGUAAGACAGAGUCUCUUACAAACACUGCCAUAACCCUUCAUAACACUAUUAACUCCACUAUUCAAUAUUACAGGGAAAUAUUGAAUAAGAUCAAUUUUACUUAAAAUACAACUCAUUAUUACAUAUAUGGGUGAUGCUAUGCAUCAAGACGUCAUUAUUAACAUCCAGAGUGUACUGUAGUUUGAUUUUUAAAUUGUACUCUACUUCUGUAGAGAGAGUUAUUUUCUGAUAAAGUGUUUAGAUGUUAUGUGGAGCGCUGAGGGAAAACCUCAGUCUUCAUGUUAUAGCUCAUUAAGUGAAGCCUUUCUAUAAUCCUGCUCGUUAGCUGAAAUUAUAUUGACAUUUCUUACACGUAUGUGCCUUAAACGGCCUGCGAUCUGUUCCAUCGCUGGCUACGCAUUCACUUAAAGAGAUACCUUGAUGUUGGACCUGUUCUAUGUCCUUCACUCCACAGGAGGGCUGGGUAUGUUUGAAACACUAGCAUGGUGAGCUGUUACUUUGAGAAACGUAAAGAAGGUUUCCUACAAAAAUUAUCAAAAGAAACCAAAGUUUUCAGCUUUUCUCUCUAUACAAGAAUGUUUCUCUAGGUUUAAAUCCAAAACUACAAAUCUGACUAAAAGAUUCAGCGCCAACUCUCAGUAUUUUGAUCUCAGAGAUUUUGAUCCCCACUGCUGCUGACACAUUUUGUUCAGUACCAGGAAAAAGUGUUGAUACCCAGUUCUGCUGAGUAAGAAAUCGCAUCAGUGCAUAUGUGAACAUGUAGCCCAAGCGGUCAGACUACCUCAGGCUUUUUUAAAAUGGCCCAGCAUGCACUGGGUCGACAGCAACAGACACAAUUAGACCCCAGUCCCUUUGGUAUUAGAGGAUGCGGCCAGUGUUUUUCUCACUGUCAAUACAUUCUGACGUCGUCUAGUCUCAGACUGGUUCCUACAGAAGAUGUAAAUCUCUGAAAACGCUUCACCAAUAUAUAGUUUCAUUUUGAAAACAGUAGUGGUUGUUGAUAAGAAAAAUGUAAAUGUAAAAGCAUAAUGCCAACUGAAUUACUCUUAUCUACAGUCUGUAUCUGGGUACAUGAUGUGCGUACACCUGGUCUUAAUUAGCGUUGUCAUUAUCUGUAGCAGGUUGAGAGCACAGGAAGGGAUGGGCACAGCUGAAUGUUCAACUUGUUACCCCCUAAAACUGUCAGAGGGUGUUUUCUCCUUACAUGAGUAGUUUGACAUCUUGAUGAAGGCACUUGGAUGUGUCCUGGGUGAGAGUCGGACUCCUGUGUCUCUAGAGUAAAUAUGGAGCUACAUCCAGCAGCCGUUAGCUUAGCAUUGUGAAGCUAGCAUGCCCCCGUCAAAAGGCAACGCAGUGCAUCUCGCAGCUCCUCUAAAACUCAGUGAACCGGUUUGUUUAAUCUGUACAAAAACAAAAGCGUAAAAGUCAUGACGUCGUGUCCAGACUAACCUGUCUGUGCUGUAACUCAAAAUGCCUCCAGCAUCAUUUCACUGGUCUGAAAAAAUAAGCCAUAUUCCUGGAGUUUAUUUACCAUAAUCUAAAACGGAUUGGCUGCAAUAAAAUCAAAGCUUUGCAAUUUAAAAAAAGAUUGAAUGUGAGCACGUCAUCCUCAAUUGGUGUUGUUGACACCCAUGAAACUCACUACUACCGGCUACUAGUGAUGGUUAAAAUUUCUGCUUUCUAAACACUUCUACAUUGUCGUCUGUGCCCCGCUGCUGUAACAGACAUGAACUAACCAAAGACACUGUACUGUUUAGCCUGCGAACGUCUAAGGCUUCUGGGAAAUACUGCAUGUUAAAGUAUAUAAACAGAAAUACUGAGUAAACAAUGAUACUGGGUAGUCUUUAAAAAUACUGUUGGCCUAACAUAGAUACACUGUAGAUGAGAAAAGCCACUUAACCGUGCAUAAAUCUGUUCCCUUAAUGACAUCCAUGUUUCCCCUCACUCAGGUGUUUUGUCUUGGUCCCGUCCACAUCUCAUGCAAACAAAAGAUGCAAGGAAAGAGGAAUCGUGGAAAUAAGUUUUUAGAGACAUUAGAUUUCCUUUUUCUCCAAUUUUUCAUCUGAGGCGUCCCAGCACUGACUGAUUUCAGAUGAAGGGGCUUGUCGGUCCAUAAAAGACUUUUCCGGUAGCCAACUUCACGAUGGCAGACCGGAGCAACUUUCAGGUCAAGUGAGGAACUAAGGAAUAAGAGAAUUAGGAUUUACCCAUAGUGCUGAGAAAGGUUAAAUCAGAGUUUUUAAGUUAUUAGAAUAGAUACAAAUGUCAGUGCCAUUUUGAAUGAGGUUUUACUUUCGGAACAGAACCUGGAAGUUCAGUUUUCACUUCAGCUUUCAGUUUGUUGGCUUGGAACAGUGCCUUGCUGAGACGGUCAUUUGUGCCAGCAUUUUAUUACGAUCAGCAGUUAUGUGCUAUAGUUUGACCUCUAGUGACCACUUUACUUAUGGCACAGGCAAAGCUGCUUCGGUGACUUGGUAUAUAGAGCCAGAAAGUUCAUGUUAGGACGAGGCUGGUGAGGAGGCCUAGGUACGUAAAACACAGGACUUUCUCCCAGGCAAGUGAGGUUCAGUUCCUCUGUGUGUGUGUGUGAGAUCUGUUUUUUUUUUUUCUUCAUGUAAACAUUUUUCUUUAUUUAAAA